AUGUCUGACGAGGAGCACCAGUUCGAAUCCAAGGCCGAUGCUGGGGCUUCCAAGACCUACCCUCAGCAGGCUGGUACCAUUCGCAAGAAUGGUUACAUAGUCAUCAAGGCCAGGCCUUGCAAGGUUGUCGAAGUCUCCACUUCAAAAACUGGCAAGCAUGGUCAUGCAAAGUGCCACUUUGUUGCAAUUGAUAUUUUUAAUGGGAAGAAACUUGAAGAUAUUGUUCCUUCAUCCCACAACUGUGAUGUUCCUCAUGUCAACCGUACUGACUACCAGCUGAUUGAUAUCUCUGAAGAUGGUUUUGUGAGUCUUUUAACUGAAAAUGGAAACACCAAGGAUGAUCUGAGGCUUCCCACCGAUGAAAGUCUGCUUAGUCAGAUUAAAGAUGGGUUUGCUGAUGGAAAGGAUCUUGUGGUGACUGUCAUGUCUGCAAUGGGAGAGGAGCAGAUCUGUGCUCUCAAGGAUAUUGGUCCUAAGAACUAA